AUACCAGAUCUCUGGGCACUGGGAUUUGGGGGAGCUUCCUCUGUUUUAGCAGAAUGGAUCGGGCUGGUCGCUCAAGUGCUCCUGUGUUAGAUACGAUCUCAGAAUAUUCUGAGCUCUAGCCAAGAAGGGUCAUCAAUGGUCCAAAAUGCAAGAGUAAGAAUAAGGGAAAUGUGGCUUUGAAAUAAGUAAGAAAUAGAAGUUACACUGUCUGGUCUCAUGUGUCUCCAUUUUUCUGUUGUGUUUUUAUUUUACAUUUACUUUAAUAUGGGUGUUUUCAAAUAUAACCCUGACAACUCAGAAUCAAACCAGCCUUCCUAAUUGCUAUAGUUAUAUGCUUGGAACAUAUCUCAAUUUAUUGGCGUUGCAGUUUCCGUGUUAAAUGUGGAAAAUGAGUGAGCAUCUGCAGUCUGAGGAGCCAAAACACAGACAUCUCUGAGCUCCAAGUACAAGAGUGCAAAGUGGAAGAGCAUCACUUCAGCUGUGAAGCCAUACCUUUGGCUGUGUAAAACUGCCCUGCAGAGCUGAGGGAGAUGGUCUUGCAUGUUUGCAAGGGCAGUGAGCCCUCUCUUGCUUUGUACUUUCCUGUAUCUGAAGUUCCUGGUAGUGUGGGCCCUGGUACUGUUGGCAGAUUUUGUCCUGGAGUUCAGAUUUGAGUAUCUGUGGCCAUUCUGGCUCUUCAUCAGGAGUGUUUACGAUUCCUUCAGAUACCAGGGUUUGGCCUUUUCAGUAUUUUUUGUUUGUGUAGCAUUCACAUCAAAUAUAAUAUGUCUGCUCUUCAUACCAAUACAAUGGCUGUUUUUUGCUGCCAGCACCUAUGUUUGGGUACAGUAUGUCUGGCACACAGAAAGGGGUGUGUGCUUACCAACAGUAUCACUGUGGAUACUUUUUGUUUAUAUUGAAGCAGCCAUUAGAUUUAAAGAUUUAAAAAAUUUCCAUGUAGACCUUUGUCGUCCAUUUGCAGCACACUGUAUUGGCUACCCUGUUGUGACUUUGGGCUUUGGCUUUAAAAGUUACGUCAGCUACAAAAUGCGUUUAAGAAAACAAAAAGAAGUGCAGAAGGAGAAUGAGUUCUACAUGCAGCUUCUCCAGCAAGCUCUGCCCCCAGAACAGCAGAUGCUACAAAGGCAAGAGAGGGAGGCAGAGGAAGCAGCCAAAGGAUUAUCUGAUAUGGAUUCCUCAAUACUUUUGCAGCACAAUGGAGGCAUUCCAGCCAAUAAAAAAUUAUCUGCAACGUUGCCAGAGCUAGAAUAUAGAGAAAAAGGGAAAGAAAAGGACAAGGAUGCGAAGAAACACAACCUUGGAAUAAAUAACAAUAUUUUGCAACCUGUAGACUCUAAAAUACAAGAAAUUGAAUAUAUGGAAAACCAUAUCAAUAGUAAAAGAUUAAAUAAUGAUCUUGUAGGAAGUACAGAAAACCUUUUAAAAGAGGACUCAUGCACUGCCUCAUCCAAAAAUUACAAAAAUGUCAGUGGAGUGGUGAACUCCUCACCUCGCAGCCACAGUGCAACGAAUGGGAGCAUCCCCUCCUCAUCUGCUAAAAAUGAGAAAAAGCAGAAGUGUGCCAGCAAGAGUCCAAGCACACACAAGGACUUAAUGGAAAACUGUAUUCCUAAUAACCAGCUAAGCAAACCAGAUGCACUGGUAAGGUUGGAACAAGAUAUUAAGAAGUUAAAGGCUGACCUGCAGGCGAGCAGGCAGAUCGAGCAGGAGCUGCGCAGUCAGAUCAGUUCUCUGACCAACACAGAGCGGGGGAUUCGGUCUGAGAUCGGGCAGCUCCGCCAGGAAAAUGAGCUGCUUCAGAACAAAUUACACAAUGCUGUACAAAUGAAACAAAAAGACAAACAAAUGAUCAGCCAGUUGGAGAAGAAACUAAAGGCAGAGCAGGAGGCACGAGCCUUUGUAGAAAAACAAUUAAUGGAAGAAAAGAAAAGAAAGAAGUUGGAAGAAGCAACUGCUGCACGUGCUGUCGCAUUUGCUGCUGCUACGAGAGGAGAAUGUACUGAAACUUUACGAAACCGUAUCCGGGAGCUGGAGACAGAGUGCAAGAAGCUAACAAUUGACAUAAAGCUGAAAGAAGAUCAGAUACGAGAACUAGAAAUGAAAGUUCAGGAACUGCGGAAGUACAAGGAGAAUGAGAAGGAUACAGAGGUGUUAAUGUCAGCACUUUCAGCCAUGCAGGAUAAAACACAGCACUUAGAGAACAGCCUGAGCGCAGAGACGAGGAUCAAGCUGGAUCUAUUCUCUGCAUUAGGAGAUGCAAAACGGCAGCUUGAGAUUGCCCAAGGGCAAAUAAUUCAAAAAGAUCAGGAAAUCAAGGACCUAAAACAGAAGAUUGCAGAAGUUAUGGCAGUAAUGCCCAGCAUAACAUACACUGCAGCCACCAGCACCCUGAGUCCUGUUUCCCCACAUUACUCUUCCAAAUUUGUGGAGACCAGCCCUUCUGGACUUGACCCCAAUGCCUCUGUUUAUCAGCCCCUGAAGAAAUGAAUGCCAAUUUUCUUUUUGCCCAGUAAUUUUGUCAUGCUGAAGGCAUCACACAGGAGUGUCUCUUGCAGUCAAGAUGAAGUUGUAUUGUGUGAGACUGUAUUUGUUGUCAUUUAAAACAGGAUAAAAGAACAUCUGGAUUGACUAGAACUGCCCAUCGGUUUUUCUUGUAAAUUUUUAGAAAACCUCACAGAACUUUGCAAUUUAUUUUCCUUGGCCAAUGCAUUAAAAACAAUUCUUGGUUUUCAAGUAGCCAAUUUUGCCUUUUUAUGUACUCUUGCAUGGUUUCCUCUUGAAAAACACAGGGCUUUGCUUGAUUUUGAACCCUUUCUGCUUUUUGUUUUUUUAAUAAUCAAGUUGAAUUUGCAGAUUUGUUCAGAAAUAGUGAGGAAAAACCUUUAGUUUUUACAGUGAAAGGGUUAAAUAAUCCAACAAAGCUUUGAUUUAUAGAUGUAUUGAAUACAAAUAUGUGAUGUUGCAGAAGAUAAUUUGAUUACCCCUCAAAGGACCAAACAAAUUUCAGGGGCGUUGUUUAAGGGAAAGAAUAAGAGAAUAGCUGAUGAUGUGACGGUGGUUGUUGUGUGAAAUAUUUAUAUUCCCAUUGGUGUUUUUAGUCAUUGAGAAUUGCUAACAGUCUUGUUCACAGUGCCUUGGGAAAAGACAUUUCAAGAGGAAACUUGAUAGUUUAAACUAUUUUUUCCCCCUUCACUGUCAUCUAGCUUAUAUAUCAAGCUCAUUACAGAGUCUACUGCAAAUUGUACAUGGUAAUUUGGAUGUUCAUUAUAAACCAAGGUUACAUCUUCUGUUUAUUUUGAUAUAAUCUCAGCAGUGUUCUGUAAGUUGCCUUGAUUAUACUGCAUCAUGGAAGGCACAAUAUUCAUACAGGAAGCGUUAUUGUGAAGGCGGAGCUGUGCAAUGUACUGUAUACAAGAGACUGUAAAGCUGGCUAAUAAAAGCUGCAGUUCUGGGUUUUU